UUCCCCUCAUCCAUGGAGCGAGUGCCCACUACGGACUACUUCUACAAACAUGGCUAAGGACGCGGAGGUGGAGCGCAUCGCCAAAAAACUGGACAAGAUGGUGCACAAGAAGAACACGGAUGGAGCUCUGGAUUUGCUGCAAGAGCUAAAGAAUAUUAAGAUGUCAUUGGAGACACUGCAGUCGACGCGAGUGGGGAUGUCUGUGAACGCUGUGAGGAAGCUCAGCUCAGAUGAAGAGGUUCAGACUUUGGCCAAAGUUCUUAUAAAAUCCUGGAAGAAACUGAUUGACAGUGCAGAUAAAAAGUCAGAAGAAAAAGAGAUGAAGGCUGAGCCCCUGGUGAGGUCUUCAUCCACCUCUAAGGACGCAGGCCAUGAGAAGAGUCACAACGCCGAGGAGCCCCAGAUGCCCUCCCCCUCCUCUCGCAUGACGUCUUUCCCCCCGGCCCCAGUCACCACUGACAGCGUCCGCAACAAGUGCAGAGAACUGCUGGUGGCCGCUCUACAGACUGACGGAGACUACAAAUCCUGUGGAGCUGAUUGUGUACAUCUUGCUGCACAAAUUGAAGACCAGAUUUACCAGGAGUUUAAGUCCACAGACAUGAAGUACAAGAGCCGCCUCCGGAGCCGGAUUUCCAACCUGAAGGACCAGAAGAACCCGGACCUGCGGCGGAACGUUCUUUGUGGACACAUUGGGCCCCAGCGCAUCGCCAGCAUGACGGCAGAGGAGAUGGCGAGUGCAGAACUGAAGCAGAUGCGUGAAACCCUGACCAAAGAGUCGAUCCGUGAGCACCAGCUGUCCAGAGUGGGUGGGACUGAGACCGACAUGUUUGUGUGCAGCAAGUGUAAGGGCAAGAACUGCACCUACAACCAGGUGCAGACUCGCAGUGCUGAUGAGCCCAUGACCACGUUCGUUGUGUGCAACAACUGCGGCAACAGAUGGAAGUUCUGUUGAAAAUGCCAACUUUUCCUUCGAAGAUGAACUGAAGUGACAUGGAUG